CGGAGCUCUUCUCUCGAAAACACAGGAACUUUGACACUGUUACUGCAGCAUUAGCAGUAGCUCGUGUCUUUUUGUAUUAUUUUCAUGUUCGUGUGUGUUUUUUCUUAUGCAUAAAGAUGUGGUUUAUUUAUUUACUGAGCUGGUUGUCUUUGGUCAUCCAGAUUUCAUUCGUCACUUUAGCGAUAGCUGCUGGUCUGUACUAUUUGGCAGAACUAAUAGAAGAAUACACAGUUGCUACAAGCAGAAUAAUAAAGUACAUGAUAUUGUUUUCCACAGGGGUGCUAGCAGGCCUGUAUCUGUUUGAAGGCUUCCCGGUGUUAAUGGUUGGAGUGGGUCUCUUCACAAACCUUGUGUACUUUGGCUUACUGCAGACUUUCCCCUAUAUCCUUCUCAGCUCCCCUAACUUCAUCCUCUCAUGUGUGUUAGUGGUUGUGAACCAUUAUAUGGCCUUCCAGUACUUUGCACAAGAGUAUUAUCCAUUCUCAGAGGUGCUGGCAUACUUCACUAUAUGCCUGUGGGUGAUUCCUUUUGCCUUCUUUGUGUCGUUAUCAGCGGGCGAAAAUGUCCUUCCAUCCACAAUGCAGCAAGGAGAUGAUGUGGUGUCAAAUUACUUCACUAAAGGGAAGAGGGGAAAGCGAUCUGGGAUCUUGCUGGUGUUUUCGUUCCUAAAGGAGGCGAUUCUGCCCAGUCGGCAGAAAAUGUACUGAGAAAAAAUUAACUCUGGGUAUUUGAGCAAGUUUGCCAUCUUUUGUAUUGGAGCAUAUGGCUGAAACAGAAAGAACUGUGGACUAUUUAACUUAAGCAGUGUCCAGAUUUAACCAAGAGGAUGGACCAAUGAACAGAGCUUACUGCAGAAUUCAAGUUCAACAGGCCAUAUCACUCCCAAGUAUUUGUCUCUGUUGAAUGCCAAAACAUCAAACCCUAUGACUCUAUGGAGGAGCUGGUCUGUAGCCCAGUACUUCAUCAUCUUUGACAAUUUAGAGGGUCAUAUCAAAAUGUUUCUACCAAAUUAACUACAGCACAGUGAAAAAGUUAUUGGUUUAAGUUAAAUUAUUGGUUAAUUUGCAAUUUCAGGUGCACUACGUGACUUUUCUGGAGAAAGCUCAGCUACCAUGCAUAUGUUAAUGCUUUGCCUGGAGUGAAUGGCUUAACUUAUCUAUUUUGCUUUUAUUGAAUCAAAUGUAUUUUUAUAGCUCAAAAAUACAUUAAAAACAUAUCUUCUUACUGUGAGAGGUUUCCACCAGAAAAGCUACAUACUGCAUCUUUAACAAUAAUAAAAUAUUUCGGGUUUCUGUUGGUGGAUAAGGGAAAAUACGGUGGGGUACAUGUUAAUAUUUUUAAUAGUAACAUGUCUUUUGGCAUAUUCUAAGUGAAGCCAAAGGAAAAGAUAAUUAAUUAAUACAAAAAUGUUAUUGGUGUACAGAAAAACUAUAAACAACCACUUUCACACUAUUUAUAGUAUUAACAGUCUUCAUAUUAAGCUAACAUACAAUGAAAAGUCAAUGGAUCUCUUUUUAUACAGUAUAAAACUAAACAUUAGAUGUUAGCUUUCAUAUUCACAACACAUUACAUUUUGAACUGUUCACAACUUCAUGAAACAUGUUUCCUACAUUUUUAUUAUCAGACUGAAAUGAAGACCCUUGUGUGGAUCAAUCUAUAGGCUUUUUCCCCCUCCCCUCUUUUUAGCGAUUACUGGAUACAGUUCAUCAUGAGCCAGGAAAAAAAAACAAAAAACUUUGUAAAACAAUAAAAGAUUUUGAAAUAGACU